AACCAUUUCUACACGAGAAACCAGAACAAGUCAUGAGUUGAAGACUGAGACGUAGAGCUCAGAGAUGCUAUUCUUGGAUAUCCUGAGCCCCUGUGGUUUCCAGGGACCAUAAGUUGUGCAACACUUAACAUGACAGCACCACUAUGCUUAAAAUUUUCCCUCUUCACCCCCGGAUUCCAUUUCCCCAUUCAUCAGAGCUGCCUAUAAAGAGAAAGGGAAAUGGCUUGAGACCCCAGAAGGAUACAGGCGGCAGCAAGUGUUCGGUCUCUUCUCAACUUUGCUGACCCUCAAGCCCACACUCCAUCAUCUGCUGAGAAUCAUGAAGGUCCUCACAGCUGCCCUUGCUGUCCUUCUCGGCACCAUGGCUCUCUGCAGCCAGGUCUUCUCAGCACCAUUUGGUGCUGACACCCCGACCGCCUGCUGCUUCUCCUAUACCUCCCGGCAGAUUCCAUACAAGUUCAUAGACGACUAUUAUGAGACCAACAGUCAGUGCUCCCAGCCAGGUGUCAUCUUCCUAACCAAAAAAAGCCGGCAGAUCUGCAGUAACCCCGCUGAGGCCUGGGUCCAGGAAUAUAUCACCCAGCUGGAACUGAAUGCCUGAAUGGUCUGGGAGCUGCGAAGAACCCAGGAUACUCGGUGGGCCCAGUGGGGAGCAGGGGCCUGAGCCUCCCGAAACAUCCCUGCAACCUCCACAGCUACCUCUGCAAACUGGUUAUUGCCAAGCAGCCACACUCUGAGACACUUCUUAACUUAAACUGUAACUUAUUUAUGCUAUUAAUUUUGUUAAUUUAUUUCAUAGUUUGUUUUUGAUGUCAUACUGUGUUUGUGAC